AUGUCUGCAGUUUCCCUCACCUCCUGUGCCGGUCAUAAAUCCUUACUUGGGUACAAUGGAGUACUGCUGCCCAUGCAUGAUCCCGACCCUCUUCCUAUACCUGGCGUUAUAUAUCCGGUUUGGAAGAGCAAUUUUGUGCCUGCGUUUUCGCAGAUUUGGAAACUAAUUAGCCAAGGUGGCCGCUGGUUCGCUUCUAUAGACACAGAAUUCCCUGGCACAAUUUAUGAUUGUGACAAAGGCCGUCUCCAUGACCCUCUGUACAAGUAUAUGAUGAUGAAGAAGAACGUGAACGACACCAACAUAAUCCAGUUGGGUCUCACACUCGCAGACCUUAACCAAAACAUCUACACCUGGGAGUUCAAUUUCAGCGACUUUGAUAUUGACCGUGAAGAUCACAAGCAUAUCAAGCGCUCAAUUGAGUUACUUAAGCGUCACGGAAUCGAUUUCUGGAGAAACAAGGAGGAUGGUAUACCUUCGCAUGAGUUCGCGAGAAUGUGUCGGGAAGUUGGGCUGUUAGAAAACAGAUUGGUAGAGUUGACAUGGGUGGGUUUCCAGAUCUCAUCUGAUUUGGGCUACUUCACCAAGAUCCUCACUGGACAAAAGUUGCCAGACGAUUUUGAGGAGUACAAGAAGGCUGAAAGGAUCUACUUUGGGGAUAGGGUUUGUGAUGUCAAGGACAUGAUGAACUCGUUUCCGACACUGAAAGGCGGUUUGACCAAAGUGGCGGAGAAACUGGGGAUUGCACGUGUGGCCGGCAAGAGUCACCAGGCCGGCUCUGAUAGUCUGUUGACAUAUCUAAGCUUCAUCAAGCUGAGCUCAAUGUAA